GAACUGUGCCAAAGGAAUGGAUGCAAUUUUUUAUUACAAAAAUGGCUGGGUGAAAAGCGUCUCAGGCAAGAAGAUCCAAGAUAUUUUUGUAGUGCAUGGAAUUGUGCGACAUUCGUUUGCACUCAACGAGAAGCCGCUCACGCCGUGGAUUUUAAUCAAUGAGUCCGGAAAGAUACUUGCGGCACACUGCAAUUGUGCAAUUGGUCUUCUGGAAGCUUGCAGCCACGUCGGAGCAACGCUUUUUGCCCUAGAAGGGAUUCGAACAUCGAUAAUCGAGAAGAAGAUGUCUGUUACAGACUUGCCGGCGUACUGGAAAAAGCCACCUGAAAGUAUCAAUGUCAAUCUUUAUAAAAAAGUACGUGAUAUUGAUUUUGGGAGACAGAUACAGAGAGACUACUUUACCAGCAAUUCCUCUUCAUCAAACAUCGACAAUCGUUGCCGCAAUCUUUUAAACACACUGCAGAAUGAUGGUUUGAAUGUUGUUGCCAGCAGCCUGUUUUGCGGAGAAGAGAACUUUAGGUGCAGCGAAUGCUCGUAUGAAGAUGGACUGAGAGAUGAACUUAAAGAUUACAACUAUCAACUAUUGUAUGAUCCAUCAAAUAUAAAUUCGAUAGCUGAUUUAAAAGCACGGGCGUCCGAGUUUGUUCGAAAUCUCCCGAAGGAACCAAUUAUUUUGAAGCGGAUCAACACCCUCACCAUCGAUCAAUCUAAUUCCAAGUGGUGGAAUAUAUUCAGGAGUGGGCGUAUCACAGCAUCUAAUUUGAAAGAUGUUUGUUGCACGCGGUUGGAGCGACCAUCUGUAUCGUUGAUUAAGAAAAUUUGUUACCCUAGUGUAAAAGCAUUUUCGACAGCAGCUACAAGGUAUGGCAAAAAGAAUGAGGACAAAGCAGUUGACCAGUUGUUCCAAUCUGUAAAACAUUUGCAUGAAAAUCUGCGGAAAUCAAAAUCAGGACUGGUGAUCGACAACGAGUUUCCAUUCUUGGGGGCGUCUCCGGAUGCGGUUUUUCUUUGCGAUUGUCUGGUACGAUAAC